AGAGACAACUACAAACGUGUAGAUAGUAUAAUAGAAGGUUAUUCUGUAAAUAUUUAUAUUUUAGAAAUAUUUACGUGAUAUAUUAGCAACAAUCAUUUUAUUUUUGUUUGACUUUGUUUAUAAAACUAUAAUUCCAUCAUCAAGAAAAUGGAAAAGAAACCAAAAGUUAUUGUCUUUGAUUUAGAUUAUACUUUGUGGCCAUUUUGGGUUGAUACUCAUGUAACUCCUCCAUUUAGGAGAGGGGCGCAGAAUAAAGUAGUAGAUACAUAUGGUUAUACAAUAAAAUAUUAUUCCGAUGUUCCUAAUAUAUUAAAACUAUUAUCAGAGGAAGGAUAUGAACUCGGUAUAGCGUCACGUACAUCAGAAAUAAAAGGUGCUAAACAAUUAUUAGAUUUAUUUGACUGGAACAAAUAUUUCAAAUAUGUUGAAAUAUUUCCUGGUAGCAAAGUCACACAUUUUUUUAACAUUCAAAAGAGCUCUCAAGCUGAUUACAAAGAUAUGCUUUUUUUUGAUGAUGAGACUAGAAAUAUCAGGGAAGUUGGUAAACUUGGAGUACAUGCCAUAUUAGUUAAAGAUGGUAUAACUCAUCACGUAAUAAAAAAUGCUCUACAAUCAUUUAACAAACAAUGAAAGUUUUUAAACUCUGCUA